AUGUGGAUAUCAUCGGUCAUUCCGCUGCUUGCAGCGACUGCGUUUUCGCAGAGCUACGGCAACAGCACCCUUGGACCUGACAAGGAUGGCAAGUACGAAAUCUCGUCCGAUGGCAUUCGUGGUCUGUUCAUUCCCUACGGCGCGUCCAUCUCGAAUCUCUUUGUCAAGGGCAAAGACGGAGUUGAGCGCGACAUUGUUCUGGGAUUCGAUAAUGCGACCUUCUACACAGAAGAUAUAGCACACAACCAUUUCGGAGGUGUACCUGGUCGCUAUGCGAAUCGCAUCAAGAACAGCAGCUUUGUCAUUGAUGGCACCGAGUACCAUGUACUGCCAAACGAGAACAACAACAAUGACACGCUACACGGUGGGCCUGACGGCUGGGAUUAUCGCAACUUUACAGUCGUGUCGCACACCGAGAGCUCGAUUACCUUUUCGAUCGUCGAUCCAGACGGCAAGGAGGGUUUCCCGGGUGAGGUUAUCAGCUACAUCACGUACACAAUGUCGCCGAACACGUGGCAUUUGAAGAUGGUGGCUCUUGCAACUACAAAGAAGACACCUAUCAUGCUGAGUUCGCAUGUCUACUGGAAUCUGGACGGCUUCGCGAACCCAGACACGCCAACAGCUCUCAACCACACGCUCCAUCUGCCAUACUCUGGCCAGCGUAUCGGCGUUGACGGUAUUCUCAUCCCUGACGGCACUAUUCUGCCCAACCAGCAGUACUCGGUAAACGACUUCUGGUCUGCACCUAAGCAAAUCGGCGCCAACCUUACGGCUCCCGAGCUGCACGGUAACUGUGGUACGAACUGCACAGGCUACGAUACCUGUUAUCUCGUCAACCGCGACCAGAACGGACCGUUCGACUGGCGCAACUCUGGACCCGUCGCUUCGUUGUCGAGCGAGUGGUCUGGUAUCAAGAUCGAUAUCUACUCUGAUCAGGAGGCUUUCCAGAUCUACAGCUGUAUUGGCCAGAAUGGCUCAAUGCCGAUCAAGUCUACACAAGGUCUGGACGGUCGCCCCCGCGUCGUGGAGCAGUAUGGUUGCAUUGUCAUGGAGGUUGAGGACUGGAUUGAUGCUAUCAACCAGCCUGAGUGGCAGCGCGAGAAGAAGAACAUCUUCGGGCCUGAUAGUCCGGCUUAUGUUCUGGAGGCGGACUAUGUCUUCUCUACUACCGAGUAA